AUGACAGAGACCAUGGAAGACUUAAGCCAUAUGCUCGAAGGCCUCAAUAUAGCUUCCCAAGGAGAAGGUCUCAAAAUGAAGAUGGACCAGACGAUUAUUCAAAUGUCCAUGUCGCACCUACUCCCACAACAAUUGGGAACUAUCUCUUUGUUAUUUUUAUGCUCUGUUGUGACGACGCUAUCGGCGCAAACUUCUCAAACAAAGGAACCAAUCCCAAUUGUACGAUUUGAAAAAGAUGGACCCAACCCAGACGGCACCUAUAAAUGGCUUUACGAGACAGGCAAUGAAAUAAUUGCAGAGGAAUCGGGUUACGUGAAAAACUUUGGGAAAGGUGAAGGCGAGGAGGUUCAGGUUGCAGAAGGGAAAUUUAGCUACAAGUCACCGGAUGGCACUCCAAUUUCCCUCUCCUACAUCGCAGACGAAAAUGGAUUCCAACCUCAGGGUGAUCAUCUACCAACACCACCUCCAAUUCCUCCAGCAAUACAGAGAGCUCUUGAAUACUUGAAAAGUCUACCACCCACAGCAGCUAGUAACAAUCAGCAGCCGACUGUGAACAGAAGAUAUUAA